UCAAAACGAAAUGGACCACACUGUUUCUUCUCUCCAAUGCUUCUUCUUAGUUUUAUGUCUAUCUCUACUUGUUUGUUCUAACUCGGAAGAUACUUCCAAAUCAAGAAAGAAACCUAUCCUGAUAAACUUUGGCGACUCCAACUCCGACACAGGAGGAGUUCUCGCCGGCGUUGGACUUCCGAUAGGACUCCCUCAUGGCAUUACCUUCUUCCAUAAAGGCACUGGUCGUCUCGGCGACGGCCGACUCAUCCUUGACUUUUUCUGUGAACAUUUAAAGAUGCCAUACUUAAGUCCAUACUUGGACUCACUCUCGCCAAACUUCAAAAGAGGAGUCAACUUCGCAGUCUCGGGUGCCACCGUUCUUCCCAUGUUUUCCUUCCCACUCGCCGUUCAGAUUCGUCAAUAUGUCCGUUUCAAGAACCGUUCUCAAGAACUUAUCUCUUCCGGGAGAAGAGAUCUUAUAGAUGAUAAUGGAUUUAAAAACGCAUUGUACAUGAUCGACAUCGGACAAAACGAUCUUCUACAAGCUCUAUACAAUUCAAACUUAACAUAUACAACCGUGGUAGAAAAGAUUCCUCCCAUGCUGCUUGAGAUUAAAAAGGCUAUACAGACCGUAUAUUUAUACGGAGGGAGAAAAUUUUGGGUACAUAACACAGGCCCAUUGGGUUGUGCCCCCAAGGAGCUAGCUAUUAACCCGCAUAACGAUUCGGAUCUUGACCCGAUUGGUUGUUUUCGGGUUCACAACGACGUGGCGAAGACUUUUAACAAAGGACUGUUUAGUCUAGUUAGCGAAAUGAGAGCACAACUCAAAGACGCUACCCUUGUCUACGUUGAUAUCUACUCUAUCAAGUACAAACUUUCAGCUGAUUCCAAACGAUACGGAUUUGUGGAUCCGUUGAUGGCUUGUUGCGGUUUUGGGGGAAGGCCUAACAACUACGAUCGUAAAGCCACGUGUGGUCAGCCAGGUUCAACCAUUUGUCGUGAUGUAACCAAAGCAGUUGUAUGGGAUGGGGUUCACUAUACCGAAGCUGCUAAUCGGUUUGUUGUCGAUGCGAUUUUAUCAAACCGGUACACUUACCCAAAAAUUUCUCUUAACCGAUUUUGGUAGAUCAAAAGGAAAUUACUCAAUAAAACCGGGUUGGCUAUAAAAAUGUGUGGGCGUUGAUUGUCCAUGGCCCAACUAUAAUGGUACAAAUCGCUAA